ACACCAGGUGCACGCCGGCUGCGGGGAGCACAAAGCGGGGCGCACGGAGGGCGCCGGCAGCGAGCCGCGGAACGAGGCGAGGCCCGUGCGCCCCGGUUUGCAGCGCUUGCCGGGCAGGGACCGGGGCCCACGGUGUCCUCCCAGGCAGCGGCAUCCGUGCCACUGCAUCCCGAGACGCCUAGAGCGCCUUCCUUGAGACCCGAUCGUUCGCUGCCCCGCCCUCUGAACCCCAUUUCUUCCCAAUCCUGCCUGUCUCUACUCCGACCCCCAAAUACCGGAUUUAGCCCAGCCCCGCGCAGCAGCUGUUGCUUCUGCGGCUGUCUCGCCUUGCGUUUUUGGUGCUCUGCCGGGGGUCCCCCAAGGAGCCAGUGCGCGCUGCGGGUUGGGAGGAGGCGCUGCUCAGCCGGUCCUCAUCCUCCCGCUGCUGCUGCUACUGCUGCUGCUGCUGCCACCGGCUGCCCACUCUGUUCGCACCCCAACAUCCCCACCAGCUGGGCCUUAGGAUAUACGUAUAUAUGGGAAAGAACUUGGCACAGUUCUCAGAGCAUGACAGUUUGCAGUUCAGUCAUUUGGCAAACAGUGACAGUACCGUUGACACGUCUCCAGACUUGGUCGAAGUAGCUCCAACAAGGACCUGUGAGCAUGCCUGGAAUUGAGUGACACGGUUAAGGGAUUUCAGAUUGCUUUGUGCCUCUUGGGAAGUUCAGAAAACCAUCAUUUCAGACUCUGGAAUUCUGUUCAACUGAGACUAGCUUGGAUGUUUACACUAUCUGCUUGCUGUUCUCCUUGCCACUAAAUAGUGCUCAGAUCUUGAUCAGGAACUGAGUGUGUUCCGCAAGCCACCAUGGCCAGAUGGAGCGUUGGGAUAGCAGCUUGUCGAUUGGUGCUGGGCUUGCUGAUGGCUUCAUUCACUGAGUCUUCCAUACUGAAUAGUGAGUGUCCCCAGCUUUGUGUAUGUGAAAUUCGACCUUGGUUUACCCCACAAUCCACAUACAGAGAAGCUACUACUGUUGAUUGCAAUGAUCUCCGUCUAACAAGGAUCCCUGGCAACCUUUCCAGUGACACACAAGUGCUUCUCCUACAGAGCAAUAACAUCGCCAAGACGGUGGAUGAACUGCAACAGCUCUUCAACUUGACGGAGCUGGAUUUCUCCCAGAACAACUUCACAAACAUCAAAGAGGUGGGGCUGGCAAACUUGACCCAGCUCACAACCCUACAUCUAGAGGAAAAUCAGAUUUCAGAGAUGACAGAUUACUGUCUGCAAGACCUCAGCAACCUUCAAGAACUCUACAUCAACCAUAACCAGAUCAGUACAAUCUCAGCUAAUGCUUUUUCUGGCUUAAAAAAUCUCCUAAGGCUGCACUUGAAUUCCAAUAAAUUGAAAGUGAUUGAUAGCCGCUGGUUUGAUUCUACACCCAACCUGGAAAUUCUCAUGAUUGGGGAAAACCCUGUGAUUGGAAUCCUGGACAUGAACUUCAGACCUCUCUCUAACUUGAGAAGCCUAGUUUUGGCAGGGAUGUACCUCACUGAUGUUCCCGGAAAUGCUUUGGUAGGCUUGGAUAGCCUUGAGAGCCUGUCUUUCUACGACAAUAAACUGAUCAAAGUCCCACAACUUGCUCUGCAGAAAGUUCCAAAUUUGAAAUUCUUAGACCUCAAUAAAAAUCCCAUUCAUAAAAUCCAAGAAGGGGACUUUAAAAAUAUGCUUCGGUUGAAAGAACUGGGAAUCAACAACAUGGGAGAGCUGGUUUCUGUAGACCGCUAUGCCCUGGAUAACUUGCCGGAACUGACAAAGCUAGAAGCAACCAACAACCCCAAGCUGUCCUACAUCCACCGUUUGGCUUUUCGAAGUGUCCCAGCUCUAGAAAGCUUGAUGUUGAACAACAAUGCCUUGAAUGCUGUUUACCAAAAGACAGUAGAGUCUCUUCCCAACCUACGUGAGAUCAGCAUCCACAGCAAUCCCCUGAGGUGUGACUGUGUCAUCCACUGGAUUAACUCCAACAAAACCAACAUCCGCUUCAUGGAGCCCCUCUCUAUGUUCUGCGCCAUGCCGCCUGAGUACAGAGGGCAGCAGGUGAAAGAGGUGUUAAUCCAGGACUCCAGUGAACAGUGCCUCCCUAUGAUAUCACACGACACAUUCCCAAAUCAUUUAAACAUGGACGUCGGCACAACAGUCUUCCUAGACUGUCGGGCCAUGGCUGAGCCAGAGCCAGAAAUCUACUGGGUCACUCCCAUUGGAAAUAAGAUAACCGUGGAGACGCUUUCGGAUAAAUACAAGCUGAGUAAUGAGGGCACUUUGGAAAUAGCAAAUAUCCAGAUUGAAGACUCGGGAAGGUACACCUGUGUUGCCCAGAAUGUCCAAGGGGCUGACACUCGAGUGGCAGCCAUCAAGGUUAAUGGAACCCUUCUAGAUGGUGCCCAGGUGCUGAAAAUAUACGUCAAACAGACAGAAUCUCAUUCCAUUUUGGUGUCCUGGAAAGUUAAUUCCAAUGUCAUGACAUCAAACUUAAAAUGGUCAUCUGCCACUAUGAAGAUUGACAACCCCCACAUAACAUACACCGCCAGGGUUCCGGUAGAUGUCCAUGAAUAUAACCUAACACAUCUGCAGCCUUCUACGGAUUAUGAAGUGUGUCUCACGGUGUCCAACAUCCACCAGCAGACCCAAAGGUCAUGUGUCAAUGUCACAACCAAAAACGCUGCUUUCACCCUGGACAUCUCCGACCAUGAAACCAGCACAGCCCUGGCUGCGGUGAUGGGGUCUAUGUUUGCCGUCAUCAGCCUCGCGUCCAUCGCUGUGUACAUUGCCAAACGGUUUAAGAGGAAAAAUUACCACCAUUCGCUAAAAAAGUAUAUGCAAAAAACCUCUUCCAUCCCACUGAAUGAGCUAUACCCCCCGCUCAUUAACCUCUGGGAAGGUGACAGCGAGAAGGACAAAGAGGGCUCAGCAGACACCAAGCCAACCCAGGUCGACACAUCCAGAAGCUAUUAUAUGUGGUAACUCAGCGGGUAUUUUGCUUCUGGUAGUAAGGAGCACAAAGACAUUUUUGCUUUAUUCUGCAAAAAUAACAAGGUGAAGACUUUUGUACUUUUGACUUUGCUAGUUUGUGGCAGAGUGGAGAGGAUGGGUGGAUAUUUCAAAGUUUUUUAGUAUAGCGUAUCGCAAGGGAUUGACACGGCUGGUAGUGGCUCUCAGCUUCCAGUUUGUGUUUGGUUUUUAUCCUUAUCAUUAUUAUGAUUAUUAUAUUAUUAUAUUAUUAUUAUCUUAUUUUAGUUGAUGUGCUAAACUCAAUAAUGCUGUCUUAACUACAACGCUCAAUAAAAUGAUAAAUGACAGGUGGGGGCUCCUCAGUGCUUGACCCCUUCUUCUGAAGCCAUCAAUACAAAGAACUGUGUCCUCUCAAAAGCUAACAUAUGGUACAGAAGCAGCAUUAAAUCCUCCGUAGCAACCUGGUCUACAGACUUUUAACUCAAGCUAAGACUAAACUUGCUACUUUGUUGAAUGAUGGUAGUUGGCUGUACUGUAAUGUUGUAUCAACUGAAUUGAAUGUUUGCCUUUCAGCAACCACUUUCCUUUUCUUCCUCUUUUCUUUUGUAAUAGUUGAAGAGGCUUAGAACAAGCUAACAGGCAAUAGAAAUAUGUAUAUCAGAUUUUCUAAUGUAAUGAACUACAUGUUAAUUGUUACUAUAUUCUUUUUAUCUUUAGUAGACACUUUUAAAAAAGAAAAGAUAAUUUUGUUGUGUUUAACUCACCAACUUGGUGUAUAAUGAAGACAGAAGUACAAUAAAUUAGUUUGUUCUGAUUUUUUAGAACACUUGCGAUACUGUAUCAUUUAUAGUUCUUGCUAGUUGCAGAGGUAAUAUCUUUCACACCAAUGGAGUCGACAACCAAAGUAUAUAUGUGCAUGCUAUCUUUUACAGUCAAGCCGUAAAAUCUUUUGAGUUCUUUUUGUAAAGAGAAAGGUAUCCAUUUUAACUAAGACAUUCUGGACCAGUGAGAUGGCCCAGUGAGUAAAGGUGCCUACUACCAAACCUGAUCAGAAUCCCAUUCCGUGUUAUGGAAGGAAAGAACUGACUUUAAUUUGUCAUCUCACCUCUACACAUGCUCCAUGUAUGCACAGACACACACAUGUACCACACUCACAUGUAUAUAAAAUAAAUAAAUGCAUUAGAAAAAACUAAUUAAUGGACAUUCUAAUGAAUAGCAUUUUCAUAUUUUCAAUAUUGCUGACUAAAACCCGAUGGAGGCGGUAUUCAUAUAAAGAGAAAACAAAACCACAUACUACUAUAACACUGGCAUAAUUACACAAUGGAUGUACCGUUAUCUUUAUUUUACAGUAUGCCCAUUCAUCAUCAAAGUCUAAAACACAGAGCUAAGGAAUGGUUCAAAACUUUUAUAGUACUGCUUUCAACAGCUAUCUAUAUGUUUAUAGGGUGUAUACUGCCAUGGAGAUGUCUGCUGAAACAGACAAUUGACGGAAGGAAGGCAGAGUGAUUUCUUAAGGUUGUCCAUUGUCAUCAAAAUAUUACACACAGUUUAUCUCAAUUAACAACUUCAAGAUUACACGGGAAUUACAUCUGUGAAGUUCAAAAUGGGAGGAGUUAGUUUUGCAGAGUUCUGUGACCAUUUAGAGGGAGCAGACUGAAAAGUACAGGCAGACAACAGAAGACCCAUCAGAAAACCCUCAUUGAUAAUGCAGAU